AUGAAUACCUCGGAUAUUUACUAUGAUGGUGGGCGCUUCCAACUGCAGUCACCGGAAGAGUAUGACUAUAACCCGCCCUCCUGCCGCUACAGCCGUGACAGCGAGCGGGUACGGAUCCCCAUGCCCCCUUGUGCCUCUGUCGAACACCGGAGCAAGGGGACUUUACUGCCCUACGAUCUAUCUCCCUGCCAGUACUCGAGUCCUGUUCAGACACAUACCCAGGACCAGGAAUACCUGACAGUUCAGGGUCGUGUACCGAACGACUACCACCCAGGAGACAGCCAAGUGGUGGAGGGAGAGUCCCCGGCACAAGUGACAUUCCCCUGGAUGAGGAGCUCCAGAGUUCACUCAUACCAAUCACUCCCAGGUGAGCAGGCUACUUUAUAGGUGCUACUUUAUAAUAUACAUAUUUUUUAGCUGGAUAUCAAUCAAAACUAUAGAUUCUCAUUUUAAUUUAGGCCUAGGCCUACAGUUAUGUUGUGAAGCGAUUUUGUCUGACAGGUAAAAUAAUGAGAUGGGAGCAAAGGUUUCAGAAGGCCUCAAAACAUGGCCUAACGUGAAAUAAAUAAGGUUAUAGCAUAAGAGUGAACAUGCAAACAAAGUCGAGAUAAAUGAACUGAACAACUAACCACACACCUUUUAUUUGUAUGUAUCUUUUAAUUUAAGGUGGUUAUACCCAGAACGGGGACGAACCCAAGCGGAGCCGCACAGCGUAUAGCCGGGCUCAGUUAUUGGAGCUGGAGAAGGAGUUCCUCUUUAACAAGUAUAUAUCCAGGCCUCGCAGAUACGAACUGGCCACCACACUUAAACUGACCGAGAGACACAUCAAAAUCUGGUUCCAGAACCGGCGGAUGAAGUGGAAAAAAGAAGAAACGAAAAAACGAAGUCCCUCUGACCACCAUGAACCGGAGUCUUCCAAUAAGGAUUGA